GAGGGGGCGCUGUACCAUCCCUCUGUUAGAUAGUAAUCACAAAGAGGCACGGAAUCCAUGGUAAAUGCUGGACCUCUCUUCAGAAGGUCGCCCAGCUCUUGAUGAUUUGAAAUACAGUGCACACUGCCUUUCCUGAAAUGGAUCCGUUCUGGGCAGUUUUCCAUCUUUUCUACCUUAUUCUCGGUUUUCAUUUAGGAGGUGCUGUAUAUUACUGCAAUGUUGCAGAUCCAUGUGCGCAAGCAAAUGCAUCUUCGUUCUUUGAACCUUAUGCAAGAUUUGAAAAUUGCCAAUAUGAUUCAAAACACGCACCAUGUGACCGUUACAUAACGCCCCAGUGGUACAGAGUGAAUGACGUCAUGUUGACACAAUGUCCAGAGCUUCUCAGUUGCGGCGCUGUGUAUCCUCUUUGGCUAAAAGGAUCUUUGCCGACAACUAGUGACGGUAUUGUUGAAAGAAAAGUUUGCAAGGUCGGAUUUUCAUCUUGUUGUUCAAAAGAGUAUGAUGUUAAGAUCAAACACUGUGGAUCCUUCCAUGCUUAUUGUCUGGGGGCUCUCGAUUCCUGUUCUGAACGAUAUUGUUUUGGAAAACAAGGUUUAUGUGAAUAUCCAACUGCAAGUACAACGUCAACAAAAACAACAUCAAAACCAACUACGGUCAGCCCACCUAUGACUUGCUCUGAGGAUCCUUGCAUAGAAAGCAAUCUCAAAGCAUUUCCAGAGAAUGAAUAUCGCUCCAAGAAUUGUGAAUACAAACAAGGACAGGGGUACUGUGAUGACCACCUGACAGCUGGGUGGUAUAAAUCUAGUUCUCUCAUGCUAAAUCAGUGUCCAAAGCUGUUGAGCUGUGGGUCCAUAUACCCUGUAUGGAUGAAUGGAAGUCAUCCUGCCACAGGAGAUGGUGUUGUAACAAGACAGGCCUGUCAAAGAGGGUUCCACAGCUGUUGUUCUAAGUCGUAUGACAUCAAAGUAAAGAACUGUGGCAAAUACACCGCCUACUGUCUACACGGAGUGGAUACUUGUCCCUCACGGUAUUGCUUCGGUGAUCAACCGUGUGAAACUGAUGAAGUCGAUAAAGGAAAAUCAGAUGCAGAUGAUGAUGACGGCCAUAAGCAUGUCAAUCUGGAGAUCAUUCUCGGCGUAAUACUUUGUGUUGAUUUUGAUUCUGGUCGUGAUGCUGAUAAUAAUGAAAAAGAGAUUUGUUAAAGGGAAUAGUAAAACAGGCUCGACUGUCAACAUCCGGGUGACAGAAAAAAGUACACAAAGGAUAAACAAUCUUUCUUACUCGACACAGGAUCUGAAGUGGGGGGAUCCACCACCAUAUAAGCCCUGAUGUCCUUCUAUUAAAAUACGAAACCAGAUACGGUAAAACUGUCUAAUCCGACGCAUGAAUUAUCCGACACACUGUGAAUUCAAACGUUAAAUUUCUUUCCCAUUUUACCGAUUUCCAUGUUUUAAAUACUGUGCAACCCGACAGCCAGGCUUGUCAAUUCUGACACAAAUUUUUUCAUCUACUGCAUGUUAAUAAUUUGAUUAAA